AUUCAACCUGUAUUGGCUGUAUUCAACGUAGUAUUUAACUUGUAUUCAACGAAAAUAUUCUUCCAAUAUAUUUUUCUACCUCUCAGAAAAUAAACCUGUUACCGAUUUUGAAUUUAGAUAUUGGAAUAAUGGCUUACGAACACGAAAAUCUAGAAGAAGAAAUGAAGGUGAAAGUGGAAAAUUUAGAAAUCACUGAGGAGUUUAUUGAACCAAACGGAAAUAUUAUUGCCAGAGAAACUGGGAGAACAUCUUACGAGGCCAAUAUUGUGAAACUUGAGAGUGAUACUGGAAAGAAAGACAAAAAUGCAGCAAAGGAAAUAUUUGAGUGUUCUUUAUGUGAUUUUCCGACAAUCUGGAUAGGCAGUUUCAGAAGACAUCUGAAAGUUGUGCAUUUGAACGAAAGGGAUGUCAAAUGCUGCCUUUGCGACUAUGUAUCGAGUGAUAGUAUUACCGUUCAAAAACAUAUAAGUAGUGUACAUUUAAAAUUGCAAAAAUUCAAAUGCCAUCUUUGUGAGUAUUCAGCGAGGCGAAACACGCAUUUGACACGUCACAUUAAAUGUGUACAUUUGAAUUUGAAGCAAUUUAAAUGUGAAGAAUGUGCUUAUGCCUCAAAUGAGAGUAAUUCGUUGAAAUAUCAUAUACAGAGAGUACAUUCAGAUAUGGGAAUAAAUCCAAAACGUGAAAACUACAAAUGUAUUGUAUGUGAAAUGACUACAACUUCAAAACAGAAUUUGAACAAUCAUAUCGAAAGUGUUCAUUUGAAGAUUGAAGACUAUCAAUGUGAAUUGUGUGAAUAUAAGGCGAGUAGAAAAAAUCAUAUAAAAAGUCAUAUGAAAAAUAUUCAUUCGACUAAAAAGUGCAAAUUAUGUGAUUUUAGUACAACUGAGCAAAGGACUCUAAGAAGACACGUGAAAUACGAACAUACAGAAAAACUGUAGAAAAACAUCUAUCAAUCUUGAAGAGAUGUUUGAAUCAAUUUGUUUAUAUUCAACUAUGUAGAAUUAUACAUUUGUAUAUAUGUAAAUAUUUGGUAUUUUAUUUAUUUUUUUUUUAAUAUAAAUGAGAAUGAGAUUGAAUUCAUGUA